AUGAAAAGGCAAUUUUAGAAGCCUAGGUCUUAAUAAAAUCAUUAAAAUAUAGUUUAGUAAAAUACCAGGACAACAUAGACUCGUAUUAAUUUAUUUCAAGGAAUUUUUUUCUUUCGAGGAGUAGUUUGCCCAAUCGAGGCUUUUAAAAUAAAACAUAAGUAAUAUGAUUUAAUUAUGUUUCCUGCAUUCACUUCCACUAUCACAGAUUUUGCAAUUAGCAAAUCCUACGCUAAGCAAGAUGGCAUUAUAUUUAGAAUCUCAUUUAAUGAAAAUACUUUAGAGGGCCCUCAAUUUUAGAUAGUUAGACCUAAAGCCAUAUAUACGGCUUCUUAAGUUUAGAAUGAAUAAGAAUAUCUAUUUUCUUGUUUUUCUUGCUUCAUAAUUACAAAAUUUAACGAAGGCAAUAUUAUAGAUAUAGAAUUUGUUAAAAUUUGA